UGUUGUCAGCACUGGCGCUGCAACGUCAUGCGCAACGCUGGCGACGUGGUCGCUUCUUUUGCUCCGGUGUACGCUACGCUGCGCUACGCUUUCCGGUUGUUCGCUGCCCUGGCAGCAGCUCUGUGAGUGUGCAGUCGGCAGUUAGCAGUGCUUUCGACGCCAUAUACUUAAACAACAGCGGCUCUCCGACCAAGCAACAUGGGAAUUAAAUUUUUGGAAGUUAUAAAGCCCUUCUGUGGCAUCCUGCCUGAAGUUGCCAAACCUGAAAGAAAAAUUCAGUUCAGGGAAAAGGUGCUAUGGACAGCAAUAACACUGUUCAUCUUCCUUGUCUGUUGCCAGAUUCCACUUUUCGGGAUCAUGUCAUCGGACUCGGCGGACCCCUUCUACUGGAUGCGAGUCAUCCUGGCCUCCAACCGAGGCACACUGAUGGAGCUAGGCAUCUCGCCCAUCGUCACUUCGGGUCUCAUCAUGCAGCUCUUGGCCGGUGCCAAGAUCAUAGAGGUUGGAGACACUCCCAAGGACAGGGCGCUCUUCAACGGAGCACAGAAACUGUUCGGCAUGGUGAUCACAAUCGGGCAGGCAAUUGUGUAUGUGAUGACUGGCAUGUACGGAGACCCCGCAGACAUUGGGGCGGGCGUCUGCUUCCUCAUCAUCAUCCAGCUGUUUGUGGCCGGCCUGAUAGUGUUACUGCUGGACGAACUGCUUCAGAAGGGCUAUGGCCUCGGGUCUGGCAUCUCACUCUUCAUCGCCACCAACAUCUGCGAAACCAUUGUCUGGAAGGCCUUCAGUCCCGCCACCGUCAACACUGGCCGGGGCACCGAGUUUGAGGGUGCCAUCAUUGCCCUGUUCCACCUGCUGGCCACCCGGUCGGACAAAGUGCGAGCCCUGCGGGAGGCCUUCUACAGGGCCAACCUGCCCAACCUGAUGAACCUGCUGGCCACCAUCCUUGUCUUUGCCAUAGUCAUAUACUUCCAGGGCUUCCGCGUCGACCUGCCCAUCAAGUCUGCCCGCUACCGUGGCCAGUACAGCUCGUACCCCAUCAAGCUUUUCUACACAUCCAACAUCCCCAUCAUCCUUCAGUCCGCUCUCGUGUCCAACCUUUACGUCAUCUCUCAGAUGCUGGCAGUAAAGUUCAGUGGAAACGUCUUCGUGAACCUCCUUGGUGUGUGGGCGGACGUGGGAGGGGCAGGUCCUGCCCGGGCGUACCCGAUUGGAGGCCUGUGCUACUACCUGUCUCCCCCCGAGAACCUGGCACACAUCCUGGAGGACCCCGUCCACGCGGUGCUCUACAUCAUCUUCAUGCUCGGCUCGUGCGCCUUCUUCUCCAAGACGUGGAUCGAGGUCUCUGGCUCCAGCGCCAAGGAUGUUGCCAAACAACUGAAGGAGCAGCAGAUGGUGAUGCGCGGGCACCGAGAAAAGUCCAUGAUCCACGAGCUCAACAGGUACAUCCCAACAGCCGCCGCAUUUGGAGGCCUCUGCAUCGGAGCGCUGUCGGUGCUUGCAGACUUCCUGGGUGCCAUUGGAAGCGGCACUGGUAUCCUGCUUGCCGUCACAAUCAUCUACCAGUACUUCGAGAUCUUCAUCAAGGAACAGGGGGACAUGGGUGGCAUGAGCACACUACUUUUCUAGGCUAUCCACUUUUUUUUAACAGUGUAUGUGUAUUUAAGGAGAUUAAAGGUGACCACUUUGUUAAGACGCUCGUGGCAGUCACUUCAUGCCAACAACUGAAGACGCGGUUGUGACAGAGAUGCCUUUCACAAGGAGAAAGUGGUGGAGCCCAGAGUGACAUGCCGGAGAGUUCUCGUCUUUCACUUUACCUGUGGCUGCAAGAGAGCAGUUAGUGAGUUUUUUUUUUUUGUUAUGCAUGUGAGGUAGGAAGUGAAUGCUUGUACAUACAAUUUGACCUGUGGAAACUGUGUUCACAAAGCUUGUAUUCUAUGUAUGCUUUCUGAAGACCUGUAUUUUUUUUUUUUUUUUUCUAUUGCUAGAAUUGCAUCUCAGCAUGUACAAAUUUUGAGCAAUUGGAAUUCAAAGUUUUACCUUGCGACGGUAUGAAGCAUGUUGCAGUCUCGGAAAGCAAGCUCAUGAAGAAAAUGUGCGUAUGAACACAAAGAAGCUGCAUUACGCCCAGAUUCCGGACAUGGUUAUGUAUAAAUUGUGCCGGUGUACAGCUGCACAAAUGGCAAAAUAAAAUACACUUCAGCAAUAA